AUGGCCUCAAAAAAGGGCUUCCUUUCGAAGGUAAGUUUCAUGUUUGCAUCGUCAAACACCGAUUUGGAGGCAAAAUCCACAGAGGGUGAGAUGGAAUUGGAUGAAGCUGAUGUGUGGAACUGGAACUUAUCCAACAACAACGACACUGUAACAGAGUCAAAGAAGAGACCACAAUCUGGUAAGAAGAAAGUGUGUAAAAAGGUGGAGGGUGGUGGCAGAGUGAACCCUGUGGUGUCAUGCUCAAUGCCAGUGAAUAUUCCUGAUUGGUCCAAGAUUUUGAAGGAUGACUAUGAGGAGCACGAGAAGAGAGAUUUUGUUAGUGACGACGAUGAUAAUGAUGGUGGGGAACGAGUACCCCCUCAUGAGUAUCUUGCUAGAACCAGAGGGGCUUCACUCUCUGUGCAUGAAGGAAAAGGAAGGACCCUCAAAGGUAGAGACUUGCGCAGUGUUAGAAAUGCCAUUUGGAAGAAAUUUGGUUUUGAAGAUUGA